GCUCCUCCGACCCCGGGGAGGAUCUAUCCCAAUCCAGCAGAGUCAGCUGGAGGAGGAGGAUCCCGGUGGAGUACCCAUGGAGGUGUGGAGCCUUGCCACCGACCUCUAACUGCAGAACUGGGAUGUGGAGCUGGAAGUCCCUCCUUUUCUGGGCUGUGCUGGUCACAGCCACACUGUGCACUGCCAGGCCGGCCCCGACCUUGCCUGAACAAGCCCAGCCCUGGGGAGCCCCUGUGGAGGUGGAGUCCCUCCUGGUCCACCCUGGUGACCUGCUGCAGCUCCGCUGUCGGCUGCGGGACGAUGUACAGAGCAUCAACUGGCUGCGGGACGGGGUGCAGCUCGCAGAAAGCAACCGCACCCGCAUCACGGGGGAGGAGGUAGAGGUGCGGGACUCCGUGCCUGCCGACUCCGGCCUCUACGCCUGCGUGACCAGCAGUCCCUCCGGCAGUGACACCAGCUACUUCUCCGUCAACGUCUCAGAUGCGCUGCCCUCCUCGGAAGACGACGAUGACGACGAUGACUCCUCCUCCGAGGAGAAAGAGACAGACAGCACCAAACCAAACCGUACGCCCGUAGCUCCGUAUUGGACGUCCCCGGAGAAGAUGGAGAAGAAACUACACGCCGUGCCCGCCGCCAAGACGGUGAAGUUCAAAUGCCCUUCCAGUGGGACCCCCAACCCCACGCUGCGCUGGUUGAAAAAUGGCAAAGAAUUCAAACCCGACCACAGGAUUGGAGGCUACAAGGUCCGUUACGCCACCUGGAGCAUCAUCAUGGACUCUGUGGUGCCCUCUGACAAGGGCAACUACACCUGCAUUGUGGAGAAUGAGUACGGAAGCAUUAACCACACCUACCAGCUCGACGUCGUGGAGCGGUCCCCUCACAGGCCCAUCCUGCAGGCAGGGUUGCCUGCCAACAAGACAGUGGCCCUGGGCAGCAACGUGGAGUUCAUGUGUAAGGUGUACAGUGACCCACAGCCCCACAUUCAGUGGCUGAAACACAUCGAGGUGAACGGGAGUAAGAUUGGCCCGGACAACCUGCCUUAUGUGCAGAUCUUGAAGACCGCUGGAGUUAAUACCACCGACAAGGAGAUGGAAGUUCUUCACUUAAGGAAUGUCUCCUUUGAGGACGCGGGGGAGUAUACGUGCUUGGCGGGUAACUCUAUCGGACUCUCCCACCACUCUGCAUGGUUGACCGUUCUGGAAGCCCUCGAGGAGAGACCGGCAGUGAUGACCUCACCCCUCUACCUGGAGAUCAUCAUCUACUGCACAGGCGCCUUCCUCAUCUCCUGCAUGGUGGGCGCCGUCAUCACCUACAAGAUGAAGAGUGGCACCAAGAAGAGUGACUUCCACAGCCAGAUGGCCGUGCACAAGCUGGCCAAGAGCAUCCCUCUGCGCAGACAGGUAACAGUGUCCGCUGACUCCAGUGCCUCCAUGAACUCUGGGGUUCUUCUGGUCCGGCCCUCCCGUCUCUCCUCCAGUGGGACCCCCAUGCUGGCUGGGGUCUCUGAAUACGAGCUCCCUGAAGACCCCCGGUGGGAGCUGCCCCGGGACAGAUUAGUCUUAGGCAAACCCCUGGGAGAGGGCUGCUUUGGGCAGGUGGUGUUGGCGGAGGCCAUUGGGCUGGACAAGGACAAACCCAACCGUGUGACCAAAGUGGCUGUGAAGAUGUUGAAGUCUGAUGCAACAGAGAAGGACCUGUCGGACUUGAUCUCUGAGAUGGAGAUGAUGAAGAUGAUUGGAAAGCACAAAAACAUCAUCAACCUGCUGGGGGCCUGCACGCAAGAUGGUCCUUUGUACGUCAUCGUGGAGUAUGCCUCCAAGGGCAACCUGCGGGAAUACCUACAGGCCCGGAGGCCCCCAGGGCUGGAAUACUGUUACAACCCCAGCCACAACCCGGAGGAGCAGCUCUCCUCCAAGGACCUGGUGUCCUGUGCGUACCAGGUGGCCCGGGGCAUGGAAUAUCUCGCCUCCAAGAAGUGCAUCCACCGAGACCUGGCCGCCAGGAAUGUCCUGGUGACGGAGGACAGUGUGAUGAAGAUUGCAGACUUCGGCCUGGCUCGAGACAUUCAUCACAUAGACUACUAUAAGAAGACGACCAAUGGCCGGCUGCCUGUGAAGUGGAUGGCCCCCGAGGCACUGUUUGACCGGAUCUAUACCCACCAGAGUGAUGUGUGGUCUUUCGGAGUCCUGCUGUGGGAGAUCUUCACACUGGGUGGCUCCCCGUACCCUGGGGUGCCUGUGGAGGAGCUUUUCAAGCUGCUGAAGGAGGGCCAUCGAAUGGACAAGCCCAGUAACUGCACCAAUGAGCUGUACAUGAUGAUGCGGGACUGCUGGCAUGCAGUGCCCUCUCAGAGACCUACCUUCAAGCAGCUGGUGGAAGACCUGGACCGCAUCGUGGCCUUGACCUCCAACCAGGAGUACCUGGACCUGUCAAUGCCCCUGGACCAGUACUCACCCAGCUUUCCCGACACCCGAAGCUCUACCUGCUCCUCAGGGGAAGAUUCCGUCUUCUCUCAUGAGCCGUUGCCUGAGGAACCCUGUCUGCCCCGACACCCAACUCAGCUUGCCAAUGGCGGACUCAAAAGACGCUGACCACCGCCCACAUGUCCCUCCCCAGACUCCCCAUCAGCCGUACCCCUCAUCCACAGCUCCCUGCUGGACUCACUGCCUUUCCCGUGCCCCUUCCUGCUGGCAGGAGCCAGCCGCCUGUCGAGGCCUUCCUGUGUGGCCUGCCUUCCUGUCGCUGGGCUCCUGUCUUCCUGCUCUUCCUCUCUACCUGCUUGUGAGAGAGAGGAGCCAAGAAGGGGCACUGGCUGCUGGCCACUUCCUUCCUGAGUGUUGGACCAAGACCUCUCCCUGCCUCCGGCAAUGCUCAGAGGGCCAGGGUGGGCAGACGAGCGGGCACGCGGGCGAGAGCUUCUGAGAUUCCUGGUACCGGUUCUGUGUUUCACCUUGGCCGUCAGCCCCCUGCAUUCUGGUGGCAGGUGCAUUGUCCUCAGGGCUACUAGAGUAGGAGGUCACUGCUUCGGGCCUCAGUUGAAGGUGAACUCUGCUCCACAUGGAUGGUGCCAGUGGCUUCCUAAUUCCAAUACUAAUUUGCUUUGCUGACCAAAUACCUGGCACCAGAGGAUGCUGAGGCAAAGACGGAGCAGCGAUGUGGCCCUGGGGCCCAGCCCUGAACUGGGGGCUUUGUACAUAGCUAUGAAGAAGACACAAAGUGUAUAAAUCUGAGUAUAUAUUUACAUGUCUUUUUAAAAUGGUCGUUGCCAGAGAUUUACCCAUUGGGUAAGAUGCUCCUGGUGGCUUGGAGGCAUCAGUUGCUAUAUAUUAAAAAUGAAGAAAAAAGAAAAAAAAAAAGGAAAAUGUUUUUAAAAAGUUCAUAUAUUUUUUGCUACUUUUGCUGUUUUAUUUUUUUAAAUUAUGUUCUCAACCCAUUUUCAGUUUAGGUCCCUCAAUAAAAAUUGCUGCUGCUUCAUU